AUGACAGCGGAAGUUGCAGCUUCAAUCCCAAGGGAAGAGUCCGUUCUGGCUCUGAACACCAAUACUGGCUCGGAGCAAGCAUUCAGCUUAGCUCAGAAGUUUCUCACGGAUUGCCUGAAAUCACACGAUUGCUCAAUGCCAAACGAGAACGGAUGGGCCCCUACACGCCUGAUUGACUUGGGAGAGUCCCCUUCCAACGUGGCCAAGCUGGUACAUUCGCGAUCUCUACAACGCCCUGUUCGAUGGAUGACGCUGAGCCACUGCUGGGGCCUUAAGCAGCCGUGCAUUCUCCUAGAGACGAACAUCAAGCAGUUUAUGAAAGAAAUACCGCACUCAGAGCUUUCCAAAACCUUUACAGACGCCUUUGUUAUCGCUAGGAGACUUGGAGUUCGAUAUCUAUGGAUAGAUUCCAUCUGCAUCAUUCAGCACAGCGAAGAUGACUGGCGACGAGAGGCACCUACGAUGGGCAAGGUCUACAGCCUGUCGCUUUGUACCAUAUCUGCAAGCCACGCGGCGGACGGAUCAGGCGGCUGCUUUUCGGACAGAGACCCAUGGACUGUUUUGCCCUGCGUCAUACCAUCGCCGUUCUCGAUGGAUUCUGAGGCUCGACCAUUUCUUCUUCACGGGGAAAACCUAGAUGCCAGAUGGAAGUCGGACAUUCCAGAUGCGCCCCUACAUAAGCGAGCUUGGGUCUUUCAGGAGCGACUUCUCUCCCCUCGGACGCUCUACUUUGGUCGGCAGCAGAUUCUCUGGGCAUGUGGCCAACACGAGCUUUGUGAAUCGUUUCCUGAAGGGGUCCCGUCGCAGCCUGCCACUAUCUGGUGGCAGUUCAUCGGCGACCGGAGACGUUUUCGAAAUAUGCUGCUCGAGAGCGCGGGUACCAAGCCCUUUGAGGCCGCGUGGUCGGAAACAGUGAAGAUGUAUACCAAAACACAGCUUACGUUCCCUAGUGACAGGCAAGUGGCGUUUUCGGGCUUGCCCGGUCAGUUGCAGGAUAAGCGCAAUACCAAGCAAGCUUAUGGUGUAUGGAUAGACGAGAGUUUGCCAUGGGCUUUGCUUUGGGGUGCUCAGGAAAAGGUUUUCGCGCGGCCGAAUGAUUACUUGGCGCCAUCGUGGUCGUGGAUGACACUGAAC